AUGGAGUAUCAUAUGCUUGAAGCACGCGCCCAAGGACGCGGCCGUCGUCUCGCAGCCGGCGCCAUCGCCGGUAUCGCCAUCGCCGGCUUCGUCGUCUUUGUGGCCUUCCUCCUCUGCUGCUACUGCUGCUGCUUCCGCAAGAAGCGCGCCCGAAACCAGGAGAAGGUCCACUACGGCGGCCCUCCCAUGGCCCACCAGAACGGCGGCGGUGGCUUCAUGGGCAAGCUCAACGGCAUGAUGGGCAGGAGGAGAGGGCCCGACUACGGCGUGCAGCAGCCCGCGCCGGCCCACUAUCGCUGA